AUGGUAGACCGUGGCAGGGACAAUUUGGUUCAAGUAGCUCCAGGCGAGUUCUAUACGGUGCGUGAGGUCGAGGAAAACGGAUGGUGUCUGCCAGCUCGAGUACCAGCCAAGAUCCCCGCCGUUCCUGAUCAUCCAGCAAGCCCUGGUACCCAAACGGGCCCAGUUUCAUCACUCAAGUCGGUGAGAUCUAGUUUGAAAAGACCGGCACCCAGCAGUCCAGUACAACAUGUUAACAAGCGAGUUGCAACGUCUCAAACAAGUACCGGAACAGUACCACUUGAUGGGCCCAAUCAAGUCUAUUCCCCUCUUAAUCCGAGUAUUGGGUUUUCCACCUCUUUGGCUUCUACUAGCAAUGGUGCGGUAACCAAGAUGACCAACAUAUCUGAAGUGGCUCAGUGUCCCAACUUCUGGGCGAUGCCGGUGCACGCGCUGUACGAGUGGCGAAGGCAUGUCAACAUCCUCGAUCGCACCCUUCUGGGGUAUUACGAGCAAGCUUUGGAUGAGGCGGAGAAGGAUUUGGACCGAGCGGCAUCUGAGCCCGAUGUUCUUGACACAUCCAUUGUAACUCCUUCUGGACGACCCUCAGCUCCCCGAUCUGGUCGCAAACGCUCGGUGAAAGAUGAGACUGCGGCUCCAGGCGGAUCUGGUCCUGCUUUUAAGUUCCUAAAAGCACGACCUGACCGUUUGGAUUUGCUUUUCAUGCGUGCUUUGGAAGCUCUUAGCCCAUUUGGGUCGAAUGGGCAGAAGGGUAAAGUUUUUCAUGAAUGCGCCAUCUGGCUAAAAACUGAUCUAGAAACCCAUCGGGAGUUUGCCGAGCUUUCCGAAAGUCCCCACAGUCGAGUGCUUCAAUUCCGAUACACUCAGCUCAAGCUUUGGCUUGCAGCUGCCGAAAGCUGGAGCAAGAUGGACAGUGGGACUGAAGAGGAGGAUGAAGAGUUGCGCAAUUUGAUACGCUCAGUUCAGGACGAGGAGGAAGCCGGCCGUUCUCUUAAAUUGGCUUGUAAGGAGGAACGCGAGGCGGUUAAAGGCCGCUCUCUCCUUGCGGAGGCUGUUUGGGAAGAAUUUGCAACCAAGGCCGUCCAAAACCUCAGAGCCUCUGUUAGCGAUGGAGACGAAGGUCACACAACUCCCAGUGCCUCAAGAAAAGCGAAACGAUCGAGUCCAUCCAAUGCAAAUGCGAGCACGGAUGAAUUGACGGCUUUCACUGGCGAGCUUAGUAGGUGGAACGAGGUGUCUUUAGCUGCUCAGGCUGAACAAAACACACGCAUCAACGACCUUUACGAGCGCGAACUUGUCAUCGCUCACGAACGAAACGAAAAUGAUCGCCUCAUAGCUCAGUCCCUAGCUGAUCAUCGAUCGGCUGAACUUGCUUUACAGAAACAGCGUUUGGAUUUUGAUCUAGGUCAAGUUAACUCCUCCAAAAACUCAUUAGACACACUUCAAUCCAAAAUCAGCGCAAUUGAGAUGAAUACAUCUACCCAAAAAUUGGAUGUCCUUGAAGCGCAAAUGACCUCGAUGAAUGAUGUACUGGCUACAAUGAUGAAGCAUCUUGUAGGCGGUUCACCUGCCACUUCCAAUCAAUAG